UCUCCCUCUCCUCUCUCUCCCUCUCUCUGCUCAUUUCACCCGCUGUUCCCCACACAAGGCAGAAACAUGGCCGCUACCCCCACCAGCCGUGUGAUCGUGUACGGAGGGAAAGGAGCUCUGGGCUCGGCGUGUGUCCACUAUUUUAAGUCUAAAGGCUGGUGGGUCGCCAGCGUUGACAUCGUGGCGAAUGAGGAAGCAAACGCGAACGUCCUGGUUAAAAUCUGCGAGUGUUUCACCGAGCAAGCCGAGCAGGUGACAUCGGACGUGGCCCGGUUGCUGGGGGACCAGAAGGUUGAUGCCAUUUUGUGCGUGGCUGGAGGAUGGGCUGGAGGAAACUGUGGUGCAAAAGACCUCUAUAAGAACACUGAUUUGAUGUGGAAACAGAGCGUGUGGACCUCCACCAUCUCCAGCCACCUGGCCUCUCAUCAUCUGAAAGCAGGUGGCCUGCUCACCCUGGCUGGAGCCAAAGCUUCACUAUCUGGAACUCCAGGUAUGGUGGGCUACGGCAUGGCCAAGGCUGCAGUGCAUCAGCUGUGUCAGAGUCUGUCUGGAGAGAACAGCGGGCUUCCUGCUGGAGCCGUGGCUGUGGCCAUCCUUCCGGUUACCUUGGAUACGCCGAUGAACAGGAAAUUCAUGCCUGACGCAGACUUCAGCAGCUGGACACCGCUGGAGUACAUAGCCGAAACCUUCCACAGCUGGGCCACUGGGUCAGGGCGGCCAGCUUCAGGCAGUCUGAUCCAGCUGGUGACGACAGGAGGAAAGACAGAGGCCACGCCGGUUCAAUAAAGACACCAAGCGAAGGAAAGGAGAGAAAAGAAGGCAAACAUUUACCAUUAUAUUUUGCUGCUGAACAGAAAGAUCAGAAAGAUAAAGGCAAGAAGGACAAACCAACGUGAAGCGAGAUGAGAGAUUUUAUCCAUACAGCCUUACAGUGUUUGAACACAGCGCCCCCUACUGGUAAACCUAUUCAUGUCUAUGUCGAAAGGCCUUUACACACUUUACAUGUUAAUAUUAAUUUGAACAUUAAUAUAACUGACAUUAUCAUGCAGACCAAAUGAGAUUCUUCAGAUGUUCGAAGAUGGAAUGGUAUUUUUUUUUGCCCUCUGUUUGAUUUGAACUCUCAACAUCAACUAACUUGACCAAUCACAGUUGCCUCUGGUGUUGACAUGGGAACAACCAAGAUGACCCAUGGCUGUGUAAAAGCAGCUACGACUUUUCAACAAACGUUAACUGUCUGAAAAAGUUUCAGUGGCUGUUUUCACAAAACAUUACUAGUGAAGUUAAAUGCGUAUGGAAUCAUUUCAAAGCUGCACACUUAAAAAAGAAGGUUCUUUAACGGUUCUUUUGUAUAGGCAAUGCAUGCAUAAAUGGUUCUUUGCAUGGUGAAAUGGUUCUUCAGGAUGAUGUAGAAUGCGUUGUGUAUGGUUCUGUAUUAAAACUCUUUGUAAAUGUUUCUACAUAGCACGAGAGAGGGUUCUCAUGUUGUUACAACCUUCAUAACAAACAUCGUAACAAUAUCAGGACCUAUUUGGUGCUAUAUAGAACUAUAUACGACACAUUCUCCAUCAAUCUAAAGAACCAAUUCACCAUGUAAAGAACCAUUUAAGCAUGUAAAUGACUCUAUGUAGAUCUCAUGGUACUAAUUACUUUUAGAAUUGCCUUUACUAAAGAACCCUUGAAGAACCAUCUUUUUAAAUGUUUAUAAUUUUGCGUUUAAAUUUUGCAUCAGCUGAAACUUAAAAGGUCUAAAACUCAAUUUAUAAUAAUGGAUUCUUUCACUUGCAACUCAAAUAUUUCCCCAAAGAGGGUUUAAACAGCUUAAAAUAAAAUUUAAGGUCAAAAUUCAUGUGUUUUACGCAGCUCCUGACUGAGGGAGUGAAUCUGUUCUACCUUCUCUUUUCCUAAAUGCAAUAUAGCCCACCCAGCAUCACUGAUGGCCCAAUUUUUGCCCCUUUUAAAGGAGAAAAUUAUAUUUUUUGUCACUUGAAGCUCAUUUUUUCAGUUUUUCAGUGAGCCAACACUCAGCAAAAUUCCAAAACUAUUGUGCCGCAUUCAUUUUUGAUGCAGAAAAGUCUUUUUUUCCCCAAAUAUUUCACUUUUUUGGCAUUGUUUAUUCACAUCAUGUUCAGUGUGUAACUGCCUUUCUGCUUGAUGCAGUUAGUCGUUGUUGUGGGUUAAUCUUAAAGACACACAAACUGUGUUGUUUACAUCACCUUAGUUGUGUGGAAACUUCUUGAAAAUGGAUUUUCAUGGCUCUUGAAAUUGCCUUACCCCCUCAUGAUUAGAGUAUGAGUAGAGCAGUUAUGGUGAUUCUAAUUGACCUGUCUGUGCUCCGCCCACAAACAAGCUCUGUCGUUGGUACUGUUGCGAGGUUAAACUGUACAGAACAUUUGCAGGAAUCCCAUUCAACCCAAUGAUAAACUGUAGCUCACCCAGCUUUUGUUAAAAUAUCUUCAUGUAGAGUGUGUUAUUGUUUUCAGAUGAUAUUUAUUUUGCGUGAUGAAUCAGCUAGACAUGUAAUAAAGCUGAAAUUAGCAUGAUGAUAAAUUUGUCAUUGUUCUUUCCAAACUGCCUUGUUUCAAUUAGCUACAGCAGCACAGUCCAGCUCAGUAGCAAAGCAUUUUAAACUGGAAGCUCAAUGUUACGAAGCCUCUAAGCAACAUGUGUGUAGUUUCUCAUUAGAUUUGUCUACAAAUAGUCAGUUUUCUAUAAAUCUAGACCAACUCCACAACAGUAGCUCAGUAGCUUGUGGGCAGAGCAUGGAUUGUUCAAUUUCCAAUAGGUUCUUGCAUCUAGAUUGUAGCUUUAAUAGAGCUGUUUACAGAUAUUAUUUCACAGAUAAAACCCUAGAGGAGCAUCAUUGUUAUUCAAAAUGUACAGUACAGCUUUCCGAAGCAGUGGCCUUAGUGUCUGUGUGUGUUUCUGUGUAUGUUACUGUGAGAGUGAAUGAAAAGUUUCACAGUGUUGUCCAUCAGAAUUGUCCCUGUACCUUCUGGCUGUGUGUUCCAGUUCCAUUAAACAUGUAUGACUCGCUCUUGAACAGUAAAACAUUUAUUGCUGUCCAC